CAUUUUUCUGUCAGGAACCAUGAAUCGUUCGGCAAGUGUGUUGAUCUUUAUUUCUUUCUUCUUUUUAUCAUUCACCGGAAAUUUAAAUCUCGUUGACGCCGGUGAUACAGCCUCAAUUAUAUUGAAUUCAGGAAAUUUUGAACAAUCGGUUAUGCAAAGUAAAGAUGUUUGGUUUGUCUUGUUCGGAAAUCCUCGGUGUCCAAAUGUUAAACGACUUAAACCUGAGUGGGACAAGGCUUCAAAGGCUUUGGAAGGAAAGGUCAAGUGUGGUGAAGUUGACUGUGAUGCGGAAAAAGAUAUACAAGCAAAGUUUGGUGUAACUAGGUUCCCAACUGUUUUUGCAUUUGGUCCAGAUAAAAGUGCAGCUCCCACCAAAGUAACUUUAUAUAUUGAAGGAACUGCAGCUGCACUUGAAAAGGAUGGCCUGUCUUACUAUGAGAAAGCGCAGGGAUGUAAAAUGGACUUUUGAGUAGAGGAUUGUAUUGGAAUAAGAUUUGUUUGACUUGUUAUCGAAACAAUAAUGGCACCUUUAACCUUGGUGUAAAAAGCUAAUAAAGAAUAAUUUUAAUUU